GUCCCCUCUGUGCGCUCGCGCCCAAUAGUACCCUUCUCCUCGCGCUGCUCGGCGGCGGCAGGGCGAGGUUUGUUUUGAGAGCCGGAGAGAGAGAAGAAGAUGGCGACCGCAGGGUCCGCCGAGCGGCCUGGGACACCGGCCAGAGCUGCCGCCGGCACGUCCCGGUCCGGAGCGGGGCCCUUUUCCCGGUGCCGCUCCGGGUCCGACCCGCCGGAGGAGGACGAGCCCAAGAAGUGCGCGGCGUGCGCCGAGACACAAGCCGGCGGCGGCUCGGCCUGCGGACACCCGGCCUUUCCGCUCUGCCUGGCCCGGAGACACUCCGGCAGCGACGAGCGGCUCCGGAGGAGAAGUGACCCCGAGAGGAGCAGCAGCAGGCCGGCCAGGAGGGACUGCGAUAGCCGGAGAGAGCUCUUUUUGCCUCCGGCGCUAAUCCCAAAGUCUGCAGACGUUUUUUCGAGCCCAACUGGGAAAUACAAGCUGUUGGUGUCUGAGGACAGAGAGGACGUGAAGAGGAAAAACUCUCUGAUCUGUAAAGACGAGUCUGGAUCAGUCCGUCGUGAAGAAGAACCUGGAGUUCUGUCCGACUCUGAGAACGAAGAGCCGAUCAGCCGGAGGAUCAGAAACAUCUCGGCCUUCAUCAGGAAAACCAAAAACUCUUCAGCCUUCACCAGUGGUUGUCAGAGGAGUCGCAGCUGCACCGACCCGGUGGAGGACCGAGGAGGGAAGCUGAAGGUCGUCGCUCAGCCGGCAGCCAUGUUGGACCGGGUCGGUAUCAGUCACAGCUUCGCGGCAGGAAUCCUUCUUUCCUCGGAGAACAGCCGCUCGCUCUCGGCUCCCAUCACCGUCCCCGACCGCCGCCUCACCUGGCGAGCUGUGCUGACAUCAUCGACCCCGCUGGGCCUCCCUCCACCUCGACCCGAACGCUCCAUCAGCCCCGAGAGCAACGACAGCAUCUCCGAGGAGCUCAACCAUUUCAAGCCCAUCGUGUGCUCGCCGUGCACGCCACCCAAACGCCUGCCGGACGGACGCCUCAUGGAGCCCACCAUUGUCAAGUCCACGCCCAGGAACCUGACCCGCGGCCUGCAGAAGGCCACCAGCUACGAGGCGAGUCCGGCCGUGCUGCAGAAGUGGAGGCAGAUCGAACUCGACCGUCAGAGCCUCAAAGUCAACUCCAAGGCCACGCUGACGAGUCCCGUCUCCGAGCUGCACAGUAAGACCAACGGGGACGACACCACCAAGACGCAACCGUCACCGGCCGGGAACCGGAGGAGGCUGCUGUUCGACCCGCCGGAUGCAGACUUCCAGAAACAGUCGGUGAAUAUCCGAGUUCCUGCGAUCCGCUACAACAGCGAGUCGACUUUCAGAGGAAGCUCCGAGUCCUGCACUCCCGAGUCCGGCAGCGGGGGGGCACUGUUUGGACGCAAGCAGUCGUUCUCGCCGUACACCAAGAACUCUGGUUUCCAGUCGUGUAAAUUAGUGUCAAAGGACCCGCCGAGUCCGAGGAAGGAGUCCGACAGUAGCAUCCACAACCAGUCUACCUCAUGGAGGGGCCAGAAAAGGAAGCAGAAGACCAAACACCUGGACUCGGGCCGCGACUCAGACCUGAAGAGGAGCCGACCCGUCAGUCAGGAGGCUUUCGAUGAGCGCUACAUCCGGCAGCUGCAGCAGGAGCGGCAGGACCGAGCGCUCGCCCUGAAGCUGCAGAGACAGUUUGACCUGGAGAACCAGAGCGUCGGCCGCCGCCGGAGCCCCGACAAGUACUUCCUGCGGUCCUGGAUGUCCACACAGAACCGCAGGAGGCGGGGCCUGAGGAGGUCCCGGCGAAUCAACAAGAAGCACUAGAGAGGAGCCAGCGCCGGCUCAGCACAACGACAGGAGGGAGUUUAAAUAUGCAAAGUGCCGAAAGUUUUAACGAACGUAUGAAUGUUGUUCAGCCGCUGCUGAGGACUUCCUGGAGACGACGUUUGUUCCAAACACCAGCAAAUCACCAAAAACUCGCUCACAGAACAUCGAAACGCUCAUCAGCCGAUCCGAACAGAUUUAAACUAAACUCUGACAGAGUCGCAGCAAACUAAACCCAAACAUCCAUCAGCUUCCAGACAGACGAGAUGUUUGAUCAGUUUGAACCAGAGAGGACGAAUCAGUUUAACCCUCUGAACUUCUGAUACAUUAAACUCACUGUGGGUCAGUUUUCACCGCAUUAUAAAACCGGAACCUCCGUGGAAACAAAACAACCAAAAAGAUGCACAGAGUAGAAAAAACAUAAAAAGUCAAAAAUUUUUGAUGAUUAAUUUUUCAAAAAUUGAAAUAAAAACAACCAAUAAGUCCGACAAGAUGACAACAUCAGGGGGAAACACUCUUGACACGACAUAUUAUAGAUACAGGAAGUCCUACGGCAUUUCGUCGUUAUGUUUAUGGGCGAGUCCUUGGUUUACGACGUACGGCUUUUCGUCGUUACGUUGGAACUGAUGGAACUUGUUGGCAAACGGAGCAGAAAAAUAAGUUGUCACGUGGCGCUAUAUUUACAUUCGCCGGUUGUACGUCACCAAAGUCGUUGGUAUUCAUGACUUUUCCGAAGAACUGAUUGAUAGCGUGAUGCACGUAACGACUUUAUUUAUAUUUUUGCCGGAGUUCCGUCUAAAGGGCAAAAAUCGACUUAUAUCAGACGUAACUCCGAUGUAAACCGAGGACCCCCUGUGUUUAACUGUUGACACUUUUAUUAUGUCUCCUCUCUGCUCUGUGAAAACACUGCCUGCAGUUCAACCCAAACAUUUCUGAAGUUUUGAGUCGAUAAUAUCGUCACGGUUACACCCAAAAGUGGAUCAUUUUUAGUUUAUUAUGGAAUCGGAUCAAAUUGUUAAACGAGACACUUAGAAAUAUGAUAAUUUUAGGUUUAGGUUUGGUUGAUUUUCACAAUAAAACCUCACGAUGCAUUCACAACUGUUGGAAAGUUGAGAAUCCAACAGUGUUCUCUGCAAUAGAAACCUGCCGGCAGGUUUUAGGGUUCAGAGGGUUAAAAAAAAAAAGAAAUAAAACUGGAAAAACAACACAUGAGGAGCUGGAACCGAAGAAUCUUAAGGAGUUUUUGACUUAAACAAUUAAUCGAUUGAUGAUUCGCCGUCAGAAACGACAGAUCUUCACCCAUCUGGAGGUUCAUCCGGCUGCAGCGUUCCACCCAAUCUGCUGUUUUUAUUUAAGAUUGAAAUUUAAAAUCAGUUUAAUGAAUCUAAACGUCACCAAACCUGAACCAGAACCAGCCGGAUCGUCACGUUUUCCUGUAGCUGAUGGUCUUCCAGUCUGCUGUGGAACCGAGGAUCCUGGGUAAUGCAGUCAUUAGAGUCCUUCCACAGACCGACGAACUGAAGCUGAUUGGUGGGAUGUUUUCUACCUGCUGUGGUUCACCUUGUGUGAUUGGACGAGAUUCACUGGUGACAAAAUAAUGCAGUUUUUUAGUAAAAGUCGAAGGAGGACAAGUCGGUCGGCGUUAAAGUUUUAAUUUCAGAGCCGUAUUCACAUCAUUUCACUGCUGGUCGUUGAACGCAGCUCAGAUUUUUACUGUUUAAACCUCUGAGCUUCUGGGCGUUUUUCACUCAUUUUUCUUCACUGUGGUUCAUUUUUCACUGCAGUAUAAAGUCCUGAACCUCUGUGGAAACUACAAGUCAUGAAUAAAUGGCUUUUUGGAUCAUUUUUUUUUGUAAGUUUGUCAUUUUUAGAACCAGUUUUGAAUAAUGCUGGCCAAAUUCAGAGUCAUUUUUGAAUAAAUUUGCACAGAUUUCAAUUUAUUUUUGGACCAUUUCUCUAAAUCUGGACUAGUUUCAAGUCGUUAUGAACCAGUUUUGAGUCAUUUUGGCCAAAAUCUGGGUUAUUUCUUAGACUUUUUGUUAUUCUGGAGAAUUAUUGAGUAGAUCUGGACAGGUUUGAAUCUAUUCUGAACCAUUUCUGAUUUAUUUUUAGUUACUUCAGACUGUUUCAAGUCAUUUUAGACCAAUUUAAAGCAUUUUUUGAGUUCUGUUAGACUUUUUUUGUCAUUUUGGACAGUUUUUAGUAAAUCUAGACAGGUUUAAAGUCAUUUUGGACCAUUUCUGAGUUACUUUUGAACCAGUUUUGAACAAUUUUGGCCAAAAUCUGAGUCAUUUUUGACAGUUUUCGAAUCCUUUUAGAUUAUGUUGUUGUUUUGGACAAUUAUUGAGUAAAUCUGUACCGACUUAAAGUUAUUCUGAGUCAGUUUUGAAUCAUUUUGGACAAAUUUUGAGCAUUGACACAGUUAGACUGACAGAAAUCCCAAACAAAGAAUCGUUGAAAAAAUGGUCCCACUGACUACACACUACAUAGAUUUACAUUUUUAGUUUUUCUCCAUCCUCGUCUGCUCUGUGGAAACACUGCCGGCAGUUCUGCUGAAUGCGACAAAUUUUUAGUUUUUCCAUUUUCUUUUCAGUAUAAAGUGUUUAUUUUCAGGUAUUUUUUAAAAUGAGACAUGUAGAAAAGAUUAAUUUUAAUGGAAUAUCACAAUUUGGAGCCGAGAUUUGAUUAAUAUUCCUGCAGGUCACACAUGAUGCGUUCAAGGACCGUAUGAAAGUUAAAAAUCUGGCUUCUCUCUGUGGCUCAUAAAUGGUGUCAUUUCUGUCAUUUUUUAAAAAUUUCUGGCACAUUUAGGGGUUCAGAGGGUUAAAAUCCUUCUGGAAAAUGAAAAAAUGAGCUGUAAUCUUAUUUCUUCACUCAAACAUCAGUUUCACAUCAUAAAUGAUCAAGUUAAAGCCUGUAAGAUUUCACGUUAUCACAAGAUAAUUAUAUUUUCUAAGAAGAGUUUGUUGUUGUUUUAUCCUGAAAACUUUAUAAAAUAACAACUAACUUUUCAUGUUAUAUCAUCAAACAAUGAUCCAGUUUCUGUUUUUCUUUUGGUUCAACAGCAAAAUAAAACAGAAUAAAGUUCCUUAGAUGUUUAAAUUAAACCCCAAAGACACUCAGUUUAAUUAACAUUUUAUUUUGCAGAUUAUAAAUGAAUCUCUGGUGUGAAUACGGCUCCUGUCCUUUACAUUCCUGCUUCCUGAAUGAUUCCUUUGAUUUGUUUUUUAUCGUUUGUGUGUUUGUGAAUCUCGGCCUGCUUCCUUUUUAUCAGAGCUUUACUCUCCGACACUGAUAUGCACAUUUUCUCUGAACUAAAGCUUUUCGUCCUCCGGUCCGACAGCUGAGUUGUUCUCCGAGUGCCAAAAUGACGGACGGUUGUUCGUAGUUUAUAAUUCUGUAGUUUUCUAUGUGAGGCUGCUGGAAGAGAAACUAAAGGAGUUCAAAUAGUCA